AUGACGGACGACUGCCCUAAUGACAGUGUUCUUGGCAAUUCAGAAAAGGAGGGAGUCGAAAAGCUCGGGGGCGCGGCGGUAGCUGCCGAUGAUGAACCAUCGGCUGACGUUCCUAUGGAGCUGCGAGAAGGCGACAAUAAUUUAGAGAGCGCUGCAGACUUGCUGGCAGAAGAGAAUUCAAAAUCAGAAUCGGAUGUACCGCCGAGGAACGCUACUCCGGACUAUCAGUUGGACGACCUGAAAAGGGAUAUAACAUUCAUGGGUCACCAUAUUUCGAAGAUUGUCUCGGUGCUGGGCUUACACAGGUGCAACUGCUGUGAUUGUGACCGUAGUCGUCUAAUAACUGGCGAGGAUUCUUCCGCUGGUCCCAGCGGUCAUCAGUUGAAUGUCCAUCCAACCGAAAACGAGGGCGUAGAUGAGUGCCAGAAAUCAGCCGAAGUUGUCGAUGGGCAAACGUCACCGACCGGAACCUCGACGGAGCAGGAUGGCGAAAGAAAGAAGACUGACGACGCUAGCGUUGCCACCGAGAAUGGGAAAGGGCACCUCGAUUCGCAGCGCGAUGUACGAUCGAAUGACCAGCAGACCAAACUGAGUGACCUACAGCCGGACGUCGCUUUUGUUGGACAUUGUAUAUGGAAGAUCAUCGCGGCUCUUGCCUUGGGCCGAUGCGACUGCAGACAGUGUAGUCGUAGUCAUCUAAGGCUCGCAGAGGACGACACCAGUCUCGAGAAAAAUUCCAGCUGCCACGAGAAGGAAGAAGUGCGAACCUCGGAAGAAGCCCAUUGCAACCUCGUAAACGGUGCAGCACUGUCAGGAAACGGACUGUACGACAGCGGCGACUCUGCAUUGACGGCAGCAUCGUCACAGAGACUC